AUGGCUGAAAUUAAAAAUGAUUUAUAAAAUGAAUAAACUUAAGUAAAAUAAACUCCAUAGUUGAGACGGAGAAGGGGUUCAAACUCUGUUACUAAUAUAUUGUAAGCUAGUAACUCAUAAUUAUUAAACUCUGCUUCAUAAGCAGAUAAUAACUAAUAAAUACUUAAAAAUGAUAAAUAAAUAAAAACUAUUAAAUUCAAACGUAGCUAUUCUUAAAUACUAAAAGAAAUAGAAUAACUAAAGCCACAAAAGUAAUAAUUCAAUAUUACUAAAUUGAAGUAAAAUUACAUGGAGAUGAAAUCUAAUAAAUCACAAAGAUAAAGAGUAGAUGAGUUAUACAAUUAGCUAAGCUAGAAGUAUAGACUUUAAAAAGUGAGUAAAGAAGAGCUAUUUUAGAAAAAUAUAUCCGAAUUCAAGGGACUAAAGACUUUUGUUGAUCUUAAGCAAUAAAUUUAAGAAAUGAAUAUAAUGGAGAACAAAGAUUUUAAAAAGAAUUUAGAGAUUCUGAAAAUAAGAGAAAGAGUAAGCUAGCUUAAUGAGGAGUUAAAUAAAAAUAAUUAUUUGGAAGAUGAAGAUGGGGUUUAAUAGUUAAAGUUUAAAGAAAAUAUGCUAAAUUCUAUAAAAAAAAAUUAUGACACUAGCUAAAUUAAAAAUUAGAGACAAUUUUUCUUUAAGAAGUUGACAAGUUUUCUAAAUAACGAUACCAAAAUAGAAGUUAUGGAUGAAAAUUGUUUGGAGUGGAGUAAAUUGCCUGGUCCUUUGCAUUCUUACCUAAAAAAUCUUAUGAUUAAAUAAAAAAAAUCUAAAGCUAUGAAAAUAAGGGAAGAAGAAAUUAAAUAAAAUAUUAUUGAAUCUUAAAAGGAAUAGGAAUUCAGAUAAAAAAUUUUGGAAUCAUAAUACGAUAUUAAUGGAUAAAGCUAAUAGAAAUUCCCUCAAAAUUAAUAUUAUGAAACUUUUAAGAGAAAAACUGAUUAAAUUAUUCUAGAUUCUAAAAAGCAAAUAACUAAAGAAUUCAGAAAAUCUUUUCUUCUAACGAAUUCAAAUAUAUCUAAUAAUUAAUCUAGACAAGGAGCUCCUUUAUCUCCAACUGCUAAGGAAACCAAAAACCAAAAUAGUAAUUUGGUAUCAAAUGAAAACUUUUUUCUAACAGAAAAUAUUAAUGGGAAUAGUAACUCAAACAAGAUAUUACCAUUAUCAAAAAUAUAAUCAUAAAGCAAUUCUUCUUAAGGCUCAGUGGUUUCUUCAAUAGUAGGUACUCCACGUCAUUAUCAAGCUUAUAUCUAACAUUAAUAAGUACCUGAAAUAAAAUCAAAGUUUAUAGAUUUCAAAAAAAAAGCUAGAUCCUCAACAGUGGAUGAUGUAAAAUCUUUAGCAGCAGUUGCAUCAAGCGAAUUAAGAAGCAAGUUGUAUCAAAAUACAGAUUCACAGAGUUCCAUAACUAGAAAACCAUAAAACAGCUUAGAAAAGAUUUCAAGAUAAGUUAGUAAAAUAUUGUGUUCUUAUAAAGAAGAUGUAUAGAAAAUAUAAGAAGAAAGAGAAAGAAGGGAGUAAGAAGGGUUUAAUAGUAGUUCAAUUUUAAAUGGCUCAUUAUAAGCAAAAUAUAUUCCAAAAAAUGAUAAAUUAGAUUAAUCAAUCUAAAACAUAUAAAAUAAUUCAUUAAGAUCUAAUUCACAUAAUACCUUCUUUAGAUAAAAAUCUGAUCAUAUUCUUACUGUUUAAAGAGGAGUAAUGAAGAAAUUUCUUCAGUAAGUAGAAUAAGCAGGAGACUGUUAUCAAGUAGAAAAAUCAGAAAUAAAUAAUGAUUUAAAAGUAAUUUAAGAAGAAUAAGAUAAGCAUGCAAAACAAAUAAAUGAGGCUAAUUAAUUUAAUUGGGAGGGCUUUACAAAAGAAGAACUUUCUAACUAAGUUGUUAAUCAUUAUUUGUUUAGUAGACUUAGAUAAAGAAGAAUCAAAUCUUAAUAAGAAUUUCUUAGGUAAUCUAAAAUAUCUAAAGCUACAAAUUGA